AUGCCGCAACGACAGUCUACAGUCGCCCCGAGGGUAUCAGUUCUGCGUCGAAUGACGCUGGGCAUGAAGAAGAAAGAGCAACUGGAACAGGACGAGCUGAAGAAUGCCCAAGAAAUAUUUGGCUCGGAACUUCUACCAGAAGAGGAACGCAGAGAACCUCAAAAGGAAGAGCAACCCGUCGUUGUCGAAGAAGAUGAAGAAGGUCCCAAGAAGCGACGAUCCAUAAUUGCCAAGAAGAGCAAGUACACAAGCAUGCUCCGCAGGUCUCCUCGUCGACACACAACAGCCGUGGAUGGCAGGGAUUUGCUGCUGUCUCCAGCUCCCGUGAGCGACUCCACUUUGCCAUUGGGAAGCUUGUCGUCCGAGCUUAGCAGCACGCCUCCCGCGCCGGCUACUACCACUCCAGCGGAGGAUACUGCAGCGACUACCGUUACCACCAAAGCGGACAAGAAGGCGAAUCGUCGCUCCACCAAGAAACAGAAGAAGGAGCAAAAGGCAGCCGUCAAGCGAGAAUCCAAAAAGGCGGCAAGUCAAAGUGGCAAGGGUAAAGACAGCAAGCGCCACUCUCAACGUAUCCCAAUGGCAAUGAGUGCCAAUGACUUUGUGAGCGAAACCAAUCAUACGUUUACAAAGAGCUACAAGUUUGACGAUGUACUCUACGAGGGAGAAUUCUCUCAAGUUCACUCCUGCACGCACUUGGCUACCAACACAUCACGUGUUGUCAAGGUCACGGACGGAUCAACAAAAGACAGCUGUUUGGAAUAUGAGAUUAUGAAGACCAUAAAGACUCCCUUUGUUCCCAAGGUCUUUGACAUGUACAAGCAGUCCGAUCACCACUUGAUUGUCAUGGAGAGAUGCCAUGGCAACAGUCUGGAGAAGGAACUAAAGGCACCUGCAAUGAAUGGUGGACUCCUGGAAGAACACAAAGUCAAGGACAUUAUGUGGCAACUAUUUUCCUGUCUCAACUAUCUUCAUGACACUGCCUCUGUGGUCCAUGGGGACAUUCGACCCAGCAACAUCCUGUUGGAUGAAGAUAAACUCAAACUCAUUGACUUUGCAGCUGCCAUGAGACUACAAGACAAGGAUGACAAGGUUCGAGGACAUUGUGGUGGUGGCACUGGAAGGGACAUUGUCUAUCAAGCUCCAGAAGUGAAUUCUUCUAAACCCAAGUAUGACACCAAGGCAGACAUGUGGUCUUGUGGUGUCAUCAUGUAUCAGAUGCUCUUUGGCCGGCUGCCCUUUGUCGAAAGCGGCCGCAAAAUCAAGAAAGGCAUUGAAGAGGAUCAAGACAAGUUUCCAAAAAGCACAAAGAAGACUGAGAAGGACAUUGUCAAGAGAGAGAAGAGCAGCAAGCUUCGCUUCCCCCGGGAUACCCAUGUCUCCGAUGAAGUCAAGUCUUUGAUUCACUCUCUGCUGCAUCCCAAGAGCAAAAAGCGCCCUUCUGCAGCAAAAGUCAUUUGCCAUCGGUGGUUUCGACGAGACGAUGCCAGCAUGGACGAAGAUGGGGAAAGUGACGCUGGCACCUCCGAUCAAGUUCCGGAAUCUGUUACAGAGCCUGAACAGGAUCACAAGGCAGACCCGCACCGUAAAAGGCGUUCUACUGCUUCCAAAGUGCUCCGCCACAAGUGGUUUCGUCGAGAUCAUGGCAAGAGAGAAAGUGACAGCAAGAAAGAUCAUCACAAUCGUGCAAGACGGGCUUCUGCUGGGGAUAUGGAUGCACCGGCAGACCCCAUGGCCAAGCUGGACAACAUGAUCCGGCUGUCAAACCUUCGCAAGUAUAACCCCAACUCUCAGCUCAAGCAAGCUGUUUUGUCUCUCAUGGUGUCGGACAUGCUCACCAAAAAGGAGCGUGCCAAGAUUGACCAUACCUUUCACCAGCUGGAUAUCUUGCACCAAGGCAGGUUACGACCCACUGAAAUCAGAGCAGGUUUCUUGCUGGCCUUUAACACCCCGCUUGCUGAUGAAGAGCUGGCAGACAUUUUUUUGAGAUGUGACUUGAAUCAAGAUGGCUCCUUGGACUAUGAUGAGUUUGCUGUGGCCAGCAUGAGUGAGAAGGACCUGCUUACAGAUGAUCGACUCAAGAGGGCCUUCAGGCACUUUGACACACGCAAGAAGAAGCGCAUUGGUCGUGCAGAACUGCAGGCCUUGCCAGCCUUUUCUCAUUGUUCCAAUGACCAACUGAAUUUCAUUAUUGCGGAAAUAGAUUCAAAGGGCAAAGGAUACCUUGAUUUUGACGCUUUUGUCAAGGGUAUGCGGAGUGGUGGUUUGUUCUAA